CCCAGCCGGCGCAUCUCCCCGUCGGCGCAAAAUGUGGUGAGGAAAGUAGAGGAGAGCGACCCUCGCGGCCUCUCCCACCCUGGCGCCAAUCAGCACUGCCGUCAAGGAAUUAACAAGGAAAGCCAUCCAUCCAACAACCAAUUGACCCCAAAUUUCCCAGCGAUUUCCAUACAGUACCACACCCACGGCGCGUUCGACGUAAUGCGUGAGAGAGACGCAGCUGCCUCACCCCCAUGUGGGCCUCUUCCCUUCCCUUCCCGUCGUCUCCGCACGGGCGGGGGGUUGAAGUCGCCGCGACAGCGACGCGGGGGCGGUGGGCGAGUGGGAGUUGGAGAGGAGAGAGAUGUCACCUCACGCCCCCAAAAUUUUAUUUUCUUGACUCGGCCUCUAGCUUCCCGUCCAUGUCACGGUUUGUUAGCCUGUUUCUCCCAUCGCUUCGUUCCCCUUCCCUUCUUCGCUGAAUUCUCGUGUGAGGCCUGCGUGGGAGAUUCUGCCGCUUCUCUUCUGGUGAAAGAAAUCAAGUACCCAACAUAGAGAAGCAAGGAGGGAGAUCUUUGUUGAAUUAUUGUCUGUUGGAGUUGAGAGUGUGAUGAGAAAGGAUUGCCUCCAGUGAUCUCUAUACAUCUCCUGCGGUUCCUUUGAUGAGGAUUUUGUCUCUCUUGGACUGAGCUCGAGUCCUUACCAUUUUUCACAGAGCUGUAUAGGAGACUGGAUGCGUGGUAUGGUGUUCACUGUUCAUCUGCCAAGAAGUUCCUAGUGGUUCAUAUAACAUCCCAUGUGGCAGUUCCAGCCCCAUCUGUACUUUGCUUAAUUCAAGGUUGUGGCGCAUACCUUGCCUUCUCCAAGGCAGAAGGAUUUUGAUCUCUGGGUGAACAAAAGGAUCUCAUCUUCAAAUAAGAAAAUACAUGGGUUGGUUGAGCAAAUUUUUUAAAGGCUCAGCAAAUAGAGUUACAAGAGGACAUUUCAACGGAAACUUCCAUGGAGGCUAUUCAGCUCAGCACACGAAGUCAUACGGUACGCCUGACAGUGACAAUGAAGACAUAGACCAUGCUAUUGCAUUAUCCUUAUCAGAGGAAGAUCAAGCGAAAGGAAAAGCCAUUGACACUACUGAUGAUCAUCUAGAGGAAGAUGAAGUGUUUGCACGGGCUCUGCAAGAAAGUCUGAACGAUGAACCUCCUCUUGGUCAGAAUGUUCCAGUGGAGGAUGUUAAGUCAGAUAGUACUCCUGCAACUAGCUUACAGCCCUCAAGUGGAUUGAGGGUCUGUGCUGAAUGUAAAACUCCAAUCGGACUUGGGCGGUUUCUCAGCUCUCUGGAUUCUGUUUGGCAUCCUCAGUGCUUCAGGUGUUUAGGUUGUGACAGGUCAAUAUCAGAAUAUGAGUUUGCAGUGCAUGAAGAUCAUCCGUACCACAGAUCGUGUUACAAGGAGCUCUUUCAUCCAAAAUGUGAUGUCUGCAAGAACUUUAUUCAAACAAAUAAAAAUGGCCUCAUUGAAUACCGGGCCCAUCCUUUCUGGAUGCAGAAGUAUUGUCCUUCGCAUGAUAAUGAUGGUACUCCUAGGUGUUGCAGUUGUGAACGAAUGGAGCCAAAUGAUAGCAAGUAUGUAACGCUGGAUGAUGGCCGGAAACUCUGCUUGGAGUGUCUAACUACUUCAAUAAUGGAUACGAACGAGUGCCAACCACUAUAUAUUGAUAUUCAGGAAUUCUAUGAGGGUCUGAACAUGAAAGUAGAACAACAAAUUCCCUUGCUUUUGGUUGAACGUCAAGGUUUAAAUGAAGCUAUGGAAGCAGAGAAAAUGGGACAUCACCUUCCUGAAACCAGGGGUCUCUGCCUAUCGGAAGAGCAAGUUGUCAGAACUAUAUUGAAACGACCAAUAAUUGGACCUGGAAACAAAAUCAUAGACAUGAUUACAGGACCAUGCAAACUAGUUCGGCGGUGUGAAGUGACUGCAAUCCUUGUAAUAUAUGCUUUGCCAAGACUGCUCACUGGCUCGAUUCUGGCUCAUGAGAUGAUGCAUGCCUACCUUCGACUUAAAGGAUACCGAAUCCUUAGUCCAGAGGUUGAGGAGGGCAUCUGUCAAGUUCUAGCACAUCUCUGGCUUGAGUCUGAAAUUACAUCAGGCUCAAGUAGUAACAUUGCAACCACCUCAGAAGCAGCAGCGGCAGCAGCAGCAGAAGCAGCAGCAGCAGUAGCAGCAGCAGCAGCAACGUCUUCAACAUCCUUGACAUCAAAAAAGGGUGCAAAGACCGAUUUCGAGAAGAAACUUGGAGAAUUCUUCAAGCACCAGGUUGAAACAGAUCCUUCUACUGUAUAUGGAGACGGUUUUCGAGCUGGCAUUCGAGCCGUUGAACGCUAUGGCUUGAGAAGCACCCUUGAUCAUAUAAAGUUGACAGGUUCUUUUCCAUGCUGAGGUAGGGUUGCCUUGUCAAUUUGUAGGAUGGGGCAUAUACUAGGAUUUUUGGGUUCAAAGGUUGACAUUACCAAAGGCUAUAUAAUAAAUGACCAAUAGAAGACUAGAUAAAUUAGACUACAUAUGAAGUUGCUGAGGUGAUGGCAAACAUGAGAGAGUGGUCUUUAGCUGUACCUUUUUUUUUUGACACGUUUAGCUGGCCAUUCUCAUAUUAUGACGAAUGGCAAACAUGAGAGAGUGGUCUUUGGCUGUACAUUUUUUUUUGGCACGUUUAGCUGGCCAUUCUCAUAUUAUGACUAUUGGCAUACGGAAAGAAAUUUGAUUAUAUGUGAUGUCUUAUGCAA